AUGGGAAACUGUUGCAAGCCGGCAUCGUCAAUGGAGUGGCACGGCGAGGACUGGAGUUCUUUGACAUCUAAUAAGACUACGAGGAAGACGAGCUCAAGCAAGGUGUUUGAUGAAACUCAUGGAUUGAGUUUAGAGAACGUAAAGAAGGAGAAGCUUUUAGGAGCGCUGAGAGCUUCUUCUGAUGCCAAUGGGAAGGUGAAGAUAAAGAUUUCAAAGAAAGAUCUUGCAGACUUGUUGGGAGUGAUUGAGAAGCAACAUCAGAUCAAGAAGCAAGUUGGGCGAGCUUCUGUAGAACAAGUUCUUUUUCGCUUAAAAAAUGCCAGAGAUCUUGCAAAUAGGCAUCAUGAUGCUCAUCAGAGACCCUGGAACCCUGUUCUAGAGAGUAUUCCUGAGGUUAAUUAA